AUGAGUGAAAGCUCAAAGCCACGAAUAUGCUUUGAUGACUGGGUUGAAGCUCAUCAUAAACUACUUGAAAAUAUCGAAUUUCUCACCCAAAAUGAUAAUAAUUCUCAGCAAAGCAAUCAAAAAUUUCAAAUGAAAAGACAAGGGAUACAUACACGCGAAUACAACAGACUUACCAACGUAAUAGAAUCAUUAGAAUCGUUAGUUCAUAAAACAGAACAAGAGUUAGAUCAUCAAUACCUCGAUGACCCUUGCAAGAACGUAUUUCCUUAUUACGGUGUUAGAUCAGAUAAUUUUCUAGUUAGAGAGCUCAUUUAUCUAGAAAAGAAGAGAACAAAGCUUAGACUUAAAGGAAUGACAUUUAAACUAGUUCAAUACAACAACAAAUUACUUGAAUUAUACGAAGUUGCUUCUUUAUUUACAUUGAAUAUUAUUCCAUUGAAUACGAUUUGCAGACCUCUGCAGAAAAUUUUUGCAUUUGAAGAUUUUCCUCAAAAGGAGUCAACAAUUAAUAAGGAUUCUCGCCUCACAGCUCGUAUCAAUUAUAUUAGAUCCACUCUAGCAAAAAUAAAGACCCCAGCAUGGGUGUCAGACUUUCAAUCAUACCUUAUCACUGUUGCUCGAGAAUCAGUAUUAAGAACUGACUCUAAAACGUCUUAUUUUUAUCCCACAGAGCAAGAAAUUGAAAUUUCACGGGCUCUUCUUUCAAGGCCAACUAAAUUCUCUACAGAAAUUGAAACAAUUUUCAAAGAACUUAAAGUUAACUCUCCCAAAGAACCUUUUAUUCAGUCAUUAGUACAAAUUGCGUAUGAGUGGAUGCCGAAAGACUUGAAAACUCCCGAAGAAAUGUCUGCCUGCAUCCUCAUCCUUUUCAGGGUUGGUUUUAACUAUGUGUAUCAGAAGUAUAGCAAUUUCUUUAUUUGUUCUGAGGAAGAUAAUAAAAUUUCAGAGAAAAUCGAGAAGAUUGCUAGAAGACCUCUAUCAGACUUUCCAUUUCCACUUGGAUUAAUGCAAAAAUCUGAUUCUUCUUCAUGUAUAAGAGAUGUAUUUAGAAAUGAUGCCCAUUUUUAUUCAGCAUCUCAAUUCCUGGCAUUAGCAGAGUAUGAAUCUAACCCGCUUGAUGCCCUUUUUGCAGUUCAUAAAUGUCUUGUGUGCAUUCAUAAGGCAGCAUUGAUUAACAGACUAGGUGUUAAUCCUGCAUCUCUUGAAGAUGUGAAUUCUCUUCUUUGUUUCGAUGACUUAUUUUCAUUAUUCUUUGGAACUGCUAUUGCAUCUGAUAUUUCUAGUCUAGGACGUCUUUAUUCUUUCAUUGAUGAAUAUAUCCCAAAACAAUGUCUUUCUCCAUCGUUUGAAUAUUCAUAUUCAAAUUUACAGGCUCUAAUUUUGCACAUCAAAAACAUUUAA